CCGAGUCACUUAUUCAUACACUUGGUGUUGACGAUGAAACAGAGUCAGGUGCAGUCCCCUGGCCCAGUGAAACACCAGCUGAAGCACCUGCUGUGCAACAUGUUUGCAUCAACAUGGAUGAUGUGACUGAAAAGGAAUCCUCUCCUAUCUCUCGCCAAACAAUUGUUGGUGUUGUGAACACCAUCUCUACAGAGCUAGAUGUGGAGAAUGGACAAUGUUCUUCGUCCCCCUCUCAGGAUCUUACCUCACUGGAUGAAAGGCUGGAGAGACUGCUGUCCAAUGAGCGUCUUACUGCAUUCGCUCACAAUCUUGCUGAACAGGUGCAUUAUCUUUUCCUUUUAGACCAGAAAAGAAAAGCCGUAAACAAAUCUGCCUCCGACUCAGCUCUUUUGAACAUGGGACAGAGUGGUAGUUUAUCAAAAAUGGAUAACAUCAGAGAGGCUAUUCAGAUUUAUGCUGAGGAGACAGUGAAGAAUUUCUUCCUGCCUUGUUUCAACAUUCCGGCACCUUGGAACAUUGAUGUAGGAAGAUUCUUACCACAAGCUUCAUCCUCAGUUUCAUGUCCAAGCUUUCUCUAUUCCAUGUAUGAAAUCAUACCACAAGGUGCUUGUAGAUCUCCCCCACAAGUGCUGCAGAGCACAAUACAGACUCUUACAGCAGUCACAGUCAGGGAUAUAAUGAACUCUCUGCCCCAGGAGGAGCAAGCAGUCCAGGAACCACUACCUGACAGUGAGCGAGUUUUCAGCAGACCUUCUUCAGGUGUGUCAGAAGUGUGUUCAGUAAGCCCAGAUAUUGUUACAGAUUACACCGAUCCCUUACUGAGCCCAAUGGAAUCCAGCUCUGAUGACUACACCAGCCCGGUGACUGUUUUGAUCCUUCGCUUGCUCUCAAAGCUGAAUAAUCAACAGUCACUGUCUGAUGACAUGUUGGACACAUCCAGAGUGCUCAUCGACAGAGUCAUCUCUGAAAUUGAGACUGCCUCAGGUCUUACAAAUGGUACAGCAUGUCCAGAAGGUGUGAAGAUCCGAAAGAUCUCCAGAGUCAUUUACACUGAGCUUGUGCAUGAAUUUGGUGGUAAGGAAGCUCUCCUCAGGACCAUGAUGUCAGAGGGUCAUUCCUUUGAGAAGGCUCUGGUGAGAAUACUGUCACGUGAACUCAUUCAGACCUCUGUUCAACUCACACCCGAGGAAAAGAAAACCAAGAGGCAACGUUUUCGAUUCCUACCAAAAAUGUCCAAGGUCAAGGCCUUUUUUAAUAUCAAGCUGAAGAGAUCAAAGUCAGGAAAUUGUGCUGGGGAGCAGUCCACCAACCUGGAUCUGGAUUUGAAUCCAACCUCUUCUGCUCAUGGUGAUACAGCAGUCCAAUGUGGGGGCUGCUUUCCUUGUGUCAAAACAGCUUCCUCAACAAGUGACAACAGAGCUACUACCUCUGAAUCUUCAAUGAAGAAGCCUCGCAAGGGGGUUUUCUCCAGAAUGAUUUCUCUUAUAUCUAAAAAGUCCUCAAAGAUAUGCCCUGAGGCACUUGGCUAAUAUUCUAAUAAACUUAACAUGCAUUCA